AUGAAUAAACUACCAGCAAGUGAUAUAUUGGAAUUUAAUCCAAACCAAAUAAAUGAAGUUCGUCAAUUAUUUAAUUACGGUGAUGUUACAAAAUUAGAGCAAGAUUUGGAUAAUUUUGAGAAUUGGAUUGAAAAGCAGAAUCAUUUUCUUGUACGACGCUUUGAUAGAAACUAUCUUGAACGUCUCCUGAUGGCAAGCAAGGGUUCCGUCGAGAUCGCUAAAAAGCGCCUCGACAAAUUGUGCUCAUUCCGACGAGCAUUGCCAGAGUACUUAACAAACUUUGAUGUGAGACAUGAAUUCGCUGCGACGAUGAAGUGGAGCUAUUCAUGCAUCAUGCCGAAGCCAACACCAGACAAUUACAGAGUUUUGGUUACACAAGUGCACGAUCCAGAUGCACUUGACAUUAUUGAUUUUACACAAUACUACAGGUUUAAUAUAUCGCUAAUGGAUUACAUGUUCAACCACGACUACAACGCUGGCUAUGAAGUGAUAUUCGAUACGAGAAACUUUACGCUCGGAGUUGUAUCUAAAUUGAACCCACUUGCAAUGAAAAAAGCUGCUACAAUUUUCUUGGAAGCAAUUGGAUUAAGACUCAAAUGCUUGCAUGUGAUAAGUGGCUCAAAACUAUUUGAUGUUGUUUUAACCAUCAUUAAACAAGCACUUACAGAAAAGUUGGUGAACCGCAUUAUCGUUCAUGAUAAUAUAGAAUCAAUACAUAAAUACAUUUCACCAGACCUCUUGCCAGCAGAUUAUGGAGGAAAGGGCAGAAGUAUUAAGGAUUUAUGUGAGUCGACUCUCAAAGAAAUGUGCUCAGAGGAACAUAUUGAACGACUCAAGGCAUCAGAGAGAGCAAUGACGAGCGAAUCUCACAGAAUCACGCUCAAGUUCGAUGAAGAGUAUCUGGGAAUGCCAGGGUCCUUCAAAACAUUAAAUGUUGAUUAA